AUGGCCACGACUGCUCCGGCCUCAGCAAAGGCCAAGAAGCGGAAGGCCCAGGAUGAUGGAGGUGCUCGCAAGAAGCGGAAGUCAAAGUACGAAGAGGACGAGAGCCUUCUGGAUCUCAAGGCGGGAGUGAACACCGUCUUCACAUUCAUGGACAGUCAGCUCCUGUCAGACUAUGUCACGAAGAAGACGACAAAGUUCGGCACUGAUCUGAGCCCGGUUGAGCUCUCUGACCUCUAUAUCUCAGCAAACGCAGUCAAAGACACCACGUCGUGGCAAAAGCUUCGCACCCUGUCAAAUCUGCCGGAUUUCCUGGAGAGCUUUGUGAAAGACCCGAAGGAGCUAGGAGAGGCACCAACUAAGAAGGGUGCACCGCACACUAUUAUCGUCACCGGAGCGGGUAUCCGGGCGGCAGAUAUUGUGAGGAAGUAUCAGAAGAAGGGAAAUUCUGUCGCAAAACUAUUUGCGAAACAUAUAAAGCUCGAUGAAGCUGUCGAUUUUCUCAACCGCAGCCGGACAGGGCUAGGGGUUGGCACACCGGCUCGGCUGAUGGAUUUACUUGAUAAUGGGGCGCUCUCUGUGGAGCAUCUUAAACGCAUUGUCGUCGAUGCCUCUCAUAUUGACCAGAAGAAGCGCGGUGUUAUGGAUAUGAAGGACACUAUGAUGCCGCUCGCCAAGUGGCUGGCAAGGAAGGAAUUCAAGGACAGGUACACGGACGAGCAGAAGCCACUGGAUCUGCUAUUCUACUGA